GUCGUCCGCAAUUCGAUGAUAGUGGGGUUGCUUGUAUAUUUGUACAGGAUUCAAAAAAGAAUUUUUAUAAAAAAUUUUUGUAUGAACCUUUCCCGGUAGAGUCCAGCUUACAUAUGCAGCUUGAAAAUCAUUUCAAUGCCGAAAUAGUUGCUGGUACUAUAAAGUCAAAAGAAGAGGCAAUGAAAUAUCUUUCUUACACUUAUUUAUAUCGUAGAUUACAUCAAAACCCAGCUUAUUAUGAAUUAAAAGAUGCCGAAUUCAAAACUAUUGACGAUUAUCUAUCCGAACUGUUUGAAAAAUCUAUGAAAGAGUUAAGUCUUUCUUAUUGUAUUAAUAUGGAUGAUGAUUUUAAUGUGGAACCGACUUCCCUUGGCAGGCUUGCAUCAUAUUAUUAUCUUUCACAUAAAACGAUCAGACUCGUCCGAGACCAUAUUAAAAAUGAUUCAACCAUCCGAGAUAUCUUAGGUAUAUUAUGUAAUUCAGACGAAUAUUCUGAACUUCCGGUUCGACAUAAUGAAGAUCUCCAAAAUCAAGAUUUGGAAAAGGAACUUCCUUGGUCU